UGAGAAAAAAAAUAAGGGCCUCUUGGCUCUAUUUUUGCCUUUUGCCGUUGCAUGAAACUGUUUUGCACGAUUCAAAUCAUUGGAUGGAACAUCACACGUGCCGCUGUCGUUACUUUCAAGAACAACGCCUUCCAUAAGAAAAUACCAUAAGAAUUUUUUUGAUUUAUAGUACAAACGUGAUUCAAAGGUUGAAUGAUACUUACUCUCGAGAUUAUUCAGAAUCUACCUAACUCUUGUUGUCGACGAAGACAAGAAGAUCGAGGAAGCGCUUUCGUGCUUCGAGGAUCCGUACAAGAAGUCCUUUGGCGGAUCCCCGUCUACCGUCUACAAACGAAGAGAGUGGGUGGUUGAGAGGUUGGUGUAAUCACCUCAUGGCAAAUGCCUGAUGGCGAUUCGGUUUUCUUUUUUUUUUUUAUCUUCGUGGACAAGGUAAAAGAUAUAUUGCGACUGAGCCAGCAAGAGCUAAAAAAUUGAAUAUGUGCGUUGAAAGGCCACCCACACGUUUCCCGAGGAUCGUUACAUUAUCAUUCUCAACCUAAUAUGCUCUCUUGAGACGUUGGCCUUUUGCAGAAUGGAACAAUCAGAGGACCAGUGAUGAACACCUUCAAAUAGCAGGUAAAGAACCCGAUACUCUUCAGUUGAACAUUUACUUGAAGAAGAGCAUGAGGUGGUUGGUUUCUCUUCUCUACACAUUCAGCCUUUGCCUUCAAAUAUUGGCCAAGGAUCUGCCAUGGUGUGUUGGUAACUCCGUUUGCGGCUAUGUUCAGAAACAUAGGCAGGGCAUUGUCAGGUUAGCCACUUGCAAUUGCCGACAUUCUAACUGUCCCAUGGACUUCAAUUAUCAAGAGCAAAUAUUUUUGGCACCUCAUCACAUCAAGGAACAGUACAAGUACUGUAAUGGACCCGUUGACAUCCCCAAAUGUGAAUUUCUGUCUGACAAUCGUCCUGCUUUUAUUCACUUUGAGUACCUGAACCAUCAUCGUGAAGUGAUUGCAUACAAAGAUGAGAUGAGAUGUGAAUGCCCCAAACGCUUUUCCUAUGAAGUCAUGAAUACUGAAAGAGUAUCCGGACCUAACAUCACCAUGGUGAUCACGAAGUAUAAUUGUGUCAAGAUACCCAUUUGCUCUGAAAACUCGGUGUACCAAGAGAUAACUGACUUAGCUCAAGACGGAGGUCUCCUCCUUGACCCCAAAUGCAUCGCUCCCAGCCGCGAAUAUUGCCCUUUCAAGGCCCUUGAAACUCCUACGCAAGACGCACGAAUGGCCUUGACACAUGGCAAGAUUUACAUCAUUCGUUGCAAAUCACGCUGAAGAGAAACUGUCAGUCAAGAUCGAUAGCUUGUUCAGUCGUCAAACUGCUUUCUUUACCAUUCCAAUGUUGAUACAUGGUUUGUUUCAAUAUGUUGAUUGAGAUACCAAUAUCAAGUUUAUUCCAUGCUAUGCCGCUUUUACAUCAAGAUAUUAAAAAAAACGUCCACCGA